UCCUCUUUCCCCGUGCUUAAUCCAGCUCCGUUACACCGAGUAUAGAAGGGGGACAGCUCUGUCCUACUUUUAAUACCGUGCUGACGGCCCACAGCAGCAGCAACGAGAAAGGCCGUGUGCUGGCGGUUGGUUGGAACUAAGUGUGGCCUUGUGUUCCUUAUGCAGAAGCUGGGCUGAAGAUUACAGCAGAGCAUCUGGUUUAAAACACAACUGUUGAGCAGAGGGGGCGCUCAUCCAGAACGGCGCAGGAUGGAGAAGGAUGGAGGGUCUUGCAAUGCUCAUGAUACCGGAGGGAGAGGAGAAGCCCCAGCAGGCAGGAAAGAAGAGGCUACGGCUGAUGCUGAAAAACAAGGACAAGCCAUAACAGUAGAGGAGAACCCAAAUGAUGCUAAGGGAGUAGAGGAGGGUCAAGGCCAUGCUGAAGAGCCAAGCCACACUGCGGCAGGAGAAAAGAGCCCAGUCAGCUCCAAGGGAGUGGAGGGUCAAGGCCAUGCUGAAGAGCCAAGCCACAUGGCAGCAGGAGAAAAGAGUCCAGUCAGCUCCAAGGGAGCAGAGGGUCAAGGCCAUGCUGAAGAGCCAAGCCACAUGGCGGCAGGAGAAAAGAGCCCAGUCAGCUCCAAGGGAGCGGAGGGUCAAGGCCAUGCUGAAGAGCCAAGCCACAUGGCGGCAGGAGGAGAGAGCCCAAGUGACACCAAGGGAGUGAUGGAGAGCCAGGGCCACGCUGAAGAGCCAAGCCAUGUCCCAGCAGGAGGAGAGAGCUCAGGUGACACAGAGGGAGUGGAGCAGAAUCAAGGCCUUCUUGUCGGUACCCAAAAGAAGCAACCCCAACUUCUCCCAAGCUUCAGCUGCCCUGCAGACCUGCCGAGACCCGAAGAUGUUCCCGAGGCAGCUCCGGCGCUUCCUGGACCUCAGAAUGCACCAGAGGCAGCUGCUUCCCCUGCAGGAGAGGGCCUGACCCCAGGGGAACCCGAGCCAGUGAAGGUCUCUGGCUUAUCAGAAGGACCUGCAGAAGAACAGCCCACGCCAGCUGAUAAGGAGGCAGGCAGGACUUUGGCAGGGCCACCUCAUUUGGCUCCAGAGAACUCCUGUGAGGCCCCGGCCCAGAUCUUGACAGAGGAGCUCAGUCCGGCCGGUCAGCUGUCUUCCAAGUCCAAAGAGGAUGCAACAACCUCAGCCGAAGUUGGGGCUCUUGCAGUGGAGGCCCCGCCCAGCCCCUACCUCACUCCAGACUUUGGCAAAGAGGACCCCUUCCUGGUCUUGGAUGACACGCCACCCCCACCAGCACCAUUCACCCACCGCAUCGUCCAACUGAGAACAGCCGACUUCAAAGAAAUCUUCAGCGUCAAUACCAAAGAGACGCUCGGAGGGGGGAAGUUCGGGGAAGUCCGUGUGUGUACCGUGAAGGAGACAGGCCUCAAGCUUGCAGUGAAAAGUAUUAAGAAGCAGGGGCCGAAGGACAGGGAGAUGGCGGAGGUGGAGAUUGAUGUGAUGAACCAGUUGAACCACAGGAACCUCAUCCAGCUAUAUGACGCCAUCGAGACGCCCAGGGAAAUCAUGCUCUUCAUGGAGUUCGUGGAGGGCGGGGAGCUCUUUGAGCGGAUCAUUGAUGAGGAUUACCAGCUGACCGAGGUCGACUGCAUGGUCUUUGUGCGGCAGAUCUGCGACGGGAUCCUCUUCAUGCACCACAUGCGGGUGCUGCAUCUGGACCUCAAGCCAGACAACAUCCUCUGUGUGACAGCCACUGGUCACAUGGUGAAGAUCAUUGAUUUUGGACUUGCUCGAAGGUUCAAUCCUUAUGAGAAGCUGAAGGUGAACUUCGGCACCCCGGAGUUCCUGUCACCGGAAGUGGUCAGCUACGAGCAAGUCUCCUACACCACUGACAUGUGGAGUAUGGGGGUGAUCGCCUACAUGCUGCUGAGCGGACUCUCCCCUUUCUUGGGGGACAAUGACACAGAAACUCUCAACAACGUCCUGGCGGCCAACUGGUAUUUCGAUGAGGAAGCCUUCGAGGGCAUCUCGGAUGAAGCCAAGGACUUUGUCUCCAAUUUGAUCAUCAAGGACAAAAGCCGACGUCUGAAUGCGGCGCAAUGCCUCCAGCACCCCUGGCUCAAUAACCUGGCGGAAAAGGCCAAACGGGUCAACCGGCGCUUAAAAUCCCAGGUCCUGCUCAGGAAAUAUGUCAUGCGGCGGCGCUGGAAGAAAAACUUCAUUGGUGUUUGUGCUGCUAACCGCUUCAAAAAGAUCACCAGCUCAGGAGCCUUGACAGCCCUGGGAGUCUGAGCACAGGCGUCUGGAACUGGGUGGAAAUUGAACGACUCGCAAGCGGAAGGGGGAAGACCCGAGAGGCAAAGCUUGAACCGUGUGCAGUGUCCUGCGUCCUGGGAACUGCCUCACUAAGAAGAAUGGAGCCCACCCCGGAGGACAGAUUUUAGCAGCUUCCCGGAGAGCUGGGGUGGUGAGGAGCGGUGGAUGCCGGCUUAGAAUUGCCCCAGGCUGGCUGCACCCAUUGUCUAAUGCUUGCUCCUUCUCCUGUACGAGAGGCCCUCUCCCCCAGUCUGCUGAUAUGAGCCUCAUUCUCCUGGCUGAAAUACACCUGGGGUAUUCCGCUGCUAAGCAAGUCCCCCUUUGGGACCCAACUCUCCACAGGCUGCCGCCGAGGGUGGGUGGCCUGCUGCUCCCAAGUUACUCUUGCAUACCUCAGUAGGCAUAAGUCAGAAUUAUCACUGCUUGGGAGGGACCUUCCUGCCUAACCACCACCGAGUUCUGGAUCCAGUCUGGCUGUCUCAGUUUGGCCUCUGUCCCCAUGGUAUAACCGUACCCCAUGACUUCGCUGCUCCGCAUUUCCCAUUGUGACCAGUCUGUCCCAGUCUGGUACCAACUGGGAUUUUUUUUCCUGCAUCCCCAUCUCCAAACUUUCUCCCCUCUGCUGACUCCCGUUUGCCGUGGAGAACGCUGUCCCAAGCCUCAAGCCGGGGGGUGUUUGCUUUCCCCUGAUUGAGCAAAUGUGGCCAAAAGUUGCUGUCCAGAUAUUAUCAUCUUGAUUAGACUAGAGAAUUCCCUGCGCCUCUCUCCUCUGUGAAGCUGCUUCUCUGCUUAAGCUAUGGCCUGAAAGGGGCCUUGCGCUGGGGUGGUGAGCCAAACCUGCUGUGGUUACUUGGCAGGGACUCCCACACGUCUGGCCUUUUUCAUACCCCCUUCACUGCUUGGCUGUCCAUGGCAGCAGGUGCGGGGGCAGGUACACUGCAGCCCAGCCUUCCGGGCUCCCAUCCACCCGCACUGGGCUCCGGUGACAGCCAUGUUCCAACUGCUGCCACGACAUGCUCCCUUUGAGUACAAGGCACCACCUCUACAAGCAGCCCCCCAAACCAAAUAAUCAACCUGGCGGCUGGCUGCAGCCAUGCAAAACUAGAAGUUGGCCUGUGGCACUCCAAACCUCCUCUCCUUGCAUGAGCAAAGCUCCGCUGCAGAGUUCCUUUAAGCUCUGGGUGGGCUCGGUGCACAGGAAGCAAACGCCCCUCGUCCCAGGAGCAUCCCCAGAUGGGCAGGAGGUGCAGAAAGAAGACCUGCAUUGUGUACAUCUCUUUGUGCUAACCCCGGUGCCCUUCUGCGCUGUUGAAGAGAAAGGGGAGAGGGAGGGGGUGGCAGCGGACGCACUGAGCCGGCCUAAUGGAGACCAGCUGGACUCGCUUCUCCUCGCCCAGCUGAAAGGCUCAUUUCAGAGCUGACCACCAACAGACAGGAACUGCCGAGAGGGCGCAAAGCUUCUCCGCUAACCUGGGUCAUCCCCUGUGGGGAAGAGAGCCCGAGAAACUGGCUUGUGGUGUUGCACAAUAACCCAGUGCUGUAGAACAGAGGCGAAAGGUGGUUCCAUGGGAGGGAGUGCAGUUUAUUAUUACUUAAUACCUACAGCAUAAAAUGCUUCGGAAUCCCUUCUCUUGUAAAUUUUUUCAUAGCUCUGCAAGGGAGGUCAGGCCUUACAAAUUUCAUUUUUCGGAUGGAGAAUUGCUAGGAGGGCUGCCCAAAUGCCCCUGGAAAUGAAGACUCCAUGUUCCUUCCUCCUCCUUUCCCCAGUAAUCUUUAGAGAAACGAAAUGUGUCACAAGAUGUCAUCGUGCUACAAGCCUCUGGGUCCUGCAAGCUUUAGCUAAUGAAAUGGACCAGAGACUUGAAUAGCCAGGGCAUGAUGAGGCAUGGAUAGCUAGGGCAUGAUGAGGCUUGCAUAGCCAGGGCAUGAUGAGGCUUGCAUAGCCAGGACAUGAUGAGGCAUGGAUAGCCAGGGCAUGAUGAGGCUUGCAUAGCCAGGGCAUGAUGAGGCUUGCAUAGCCAGGGCACGAUGCUUUUACUUGUGUUCUGGUCUCUAUGCAUGAUUGUGGGAGAGAGGAACAUCAGAUGAGCCCUGCUGGAUCAGAGCUACGGUCCCUCGUGCUCUGCUUCCUGUUUCCCACAGUGACCACUCUGUUGCCCCCGGAAGGCAAGAGGAGGAAGAACAGUUAUGCAGCUGUGCGUCCCUCGAAUGGUCUCAUUCCAAACUCUGAGCCGAUGUGCUUGCUAUGAAGGCCGCCCUAUGGGAGUGUAACACAGAUCUCUUGGGGUCAGGGCCAAGCCCCUAGACAAGAGUAAACAAAGGAGGAGGUUGAGUCUCUCAGUCUCUCUGUUGUGAUGGCACCCCAGGACCGCUGAGCAGAGAGAAUAUUUGUCCAUGGCAAAGGAUUAGCGGUGUGUUUUGCUAGAGCUCUGCUCAGUGGUGUUUGACACCAGAGCUGGUGGCCAAAUGCUGGGCUUCUCAGCCAGAUUAAGCCAUGCUGAGACACUAAACCAUGGCAAGUCCCCAGAGUACUACCCCAAAUGGUAAAUUAGGAAUUUUCUGUAUUUAGAGGUCCUUUGUAAUCGCAGUCCCUGCGCUGUAGCUUGUGUACUUAGCUUGUGCAAAAAUCCAGCUCUGGGUCUUCAGGAUGCGGCCCUGCUCCUUAGCAUAGUAAAACUUCAUUUUCAAGCUCUGUUCUUCCGCUGGAGUUCUUCACAAUGUGUCCCAAGGACAGCACCAUCUCGACAAGAAGCCGCGCUGGAUCUGACCUCCAGGACCCCUGCCCGGCCAAGCGAGCGCAUGCAUGGCCACAGCGUUGGUGGGAGCAGCGUUCUUGGGGUGCAGACAGACUGGAGGGGCCACCGCUCGGGGCUUAUUGUAAAUAAAUGUACAGGUCAA